CGAAUCCGUCGUGUCGUUUCCGACUGAAACCUCGAGCGUCUCCGACCUCCUCGUUUCUCUUUCCGCCAUUAGUGAAGACGCCAUUUUAUCCUCCUGCUUCAUGAUUCACAAUGAGUGAUUAUUCAGCGGUUGCGCCGCCUCAGAAUUUCACUCAAAGUGCUGCCUUCGCUUCAGCUCUACAACGCGCCCGUCAGAUUGCAGCAAAAAUCAACCCAGGUGGUGCUGCUGAAGGUGGUGGUGGAAAACGACCUCUUGAAGACGGAUCAGAACCAGAAGCUAAAAAAGUGGCCGGGGUUACCAACGACCCCGUGGCUUCAGCCCAGCUAAGUGCGAUUAGAUCUCAACAAACAUCUGGCUCGGGGGGUGGCGCAUCUUCUGCAGCCGCAGCGGCUGCGGCACAGGCGGCAGCAGUAGCAGCCAGGGUGGCGGCUGCGGCAGCCGCAAGCGGCCUGGGCCUUGGUGGCCUUGGCGGCGGCGGCGGCAUCUUGAACGAAGACAUCAGGGUCCCUGACAAGAUGGUCGGCCUGAAUGGUGGCGGCCCACAAUUGGGUUUUGGCGCCAUCACCACAGAAGAGAUAAUGGUUCCGGACCGGAUGGUUGGGCACCUAAUUGGUCGAGGCGGAGAACAGAUCAGCAGGUUGCAAAAUGAAUCUGGAUGCAAGAUUCAAAUGGCUCCUGACAGUGGCGGCCAACCAGACAGAGUUUGCACCCUGUCGGGGUCGAGAGAAGCUAUUGGGCGUGCAAAAGAUUUAAUAUCAUCAAUUGUGCAACAACGCAGCAGAACUGAAGGAGGAGGGAACGGCGGCGGGGGAGGAGGAGGCGGCGGCGGCGGGGGAGGCGGAGGCAACGGCGGUGGCAUGUCUGGCGGCGGCCUGGGCGACAUGGGCAUGAACUCGACACAGGUGGAGAUCAUGGUCCCGGGGCCAAAAGUUGGUCUGAUCAUCGGCAAGGGUGGUGAAACUAUCAAACAGCUCCAAGACAAGUCUGGAGCUCGCAUGACUGUCAUCCAGGAUGGGUCUAUGAAUCAGGACCAAGAGAAGCCUCUCAGGAUUAGUGGGGAUCCUCAGAGUGUUGAGCAUGCUAAAGCUCUGGUGUAUGAAUUAAUUGCUGAAAAGGAAAUGCAGAACGCGUUUGGAGGCCGCGGCGGCGGCGGCGGCAGUGGCCGCAGGGAUAGCCACUUCAAUGAUAUGGGUGGUGGUGGUGCUGGUGCUGGAAGCAUCGGGGGCAAUGGAGAAUCUAUGGAGGUUUUGGUGCCACAAGCAGCUGUUGGAGUGGUUAUAGGAAAAGGCGGUGAUAUGAUUAAGAAGAUUCAAAGUGAGACUGGAGCUCGUGUCCAGUUCCAACAGGGUCGUGAUGAUGGUCCUGGAGAGAGAAAAUGUUUGCUGACCGGCAAGCCAGGGCAGGUUCAGGAAGCAAGGAUGCGCAUUGAAGAACUAAUUGAUAGUGUUUUGAGGAGAGACAAUGAGAUGGGUCGCGGGCGACGGGGACCAGGUGGCCCUGGAGGCCGACCUUUCGAUGGCAUGGGAGGCCGAGGAGAGUUCGGCAGAGACGAGAGGGCCGGUUGGGACCGAGGCGGCGGGCGUGUCGGCGGACCCAUGGGGGACAAGCAAGAAAUGGCUUUCACGAUACCUGCCACCAAGUGUGGCGUUGUGAUAGGUCGCGGAGGUGAAACAAUUAAGCAGAUAAAUUCUCAGUCCGGUGCUCACUGCGAGAUGGAUAGAAGGCCAAACAAUAACCCCACAGAAAAGAUCAUCCUGAUCCGAGGGUCCCCUGAGCAGAUUGAAGCGGCCAAGAGAUUAAUUCAAGACAAACUUGGAAUGCCCCUAGGAAAUCCGAACGGCGGUCCCCCCAGCCAAUACCCGAUGGGAGGCGGCCCCGGUGGUCCUGGCGGCCCCGGUGGCCCUCCUGGCGGCCCUGGUGGUCCGGGAGGCCCUGGAGGCCCGCCGCAGCACUACGGCGCCGCGCAGGGCUGGGGCGGCCAGUACCCACAGUGGCAGCAGGGGCAGGGACACCCCAGCGACCCUAACCAACCCAACGCCGUGCAGGUGAACCCUCAGACCGGCCAGCCAGACUACUCCAUUCAGUGGGCUGAGUAUUACCGCUCUCUUGGAAUGCACCGCGAAGCAGACAUGAUUGAACAGCAGGCCAAGACGAACAAGGCACAACAACCCCAACCACAGGCAGCUGCUCAGCCACAACCUGCUGCCCAGCCUCAGCCACAGCCUGCCGUGGCGGGAGCGGCCCAGAAUGGGCAGCCAGACUACAGUGCGCAGUGGGCUGAGUACUACAGAUCAGUUGGCAAGAUCAAGGAGGCUGAUGCCAUUGAGGCUCAAAUGAAAGCUUCCAAGGCUGCCCAGGUGCAACCCCAACCUCAGCAGGGAGCUGCCCCCCAGGUCCCUGGGCAAGCUGCACCCGUUCAGCAGGCUGGCUAUGGCCAGCCCUACGGUUACCAGCCCGCACCCGGCUACAGCUAUGGUGCUCCCGGUGGACCACAACCUCCCCAGCAACCUGGACAGCAACCUCAGUAUGGUUACCCUGGCUAUGGUGGCUAUGGAGGCCAGCCCGGCGGACCGGAGAACUGAUCUGCUGAAACUAUUGGCCUGCUGUUGCUAUGUCUGCGUGUUCUGCAACCAGAUCACUGUUAUUCCUAGUGUACUGCACCAUAUUGAGAAUCUAUACCAGCGUUUAUCAGAUUUAUAUUCUAUAUAUAUAUCAAUAUAAAACACUUAUAUGCAUCCCUUGUGAAUGAAUUUUGUGGGGGGGUCUUUGGAGAGUCAUGUUUUGUUGUGCAUAUGCUAACAGUUGAAAUAUUUUGUAACAUUUUUCUUUUUUUUUAUGAUAGUUCCUUCACCUGGUCUUGGCUUAUCACUUUCAUCUGACAAGGAUGAUGCUCAGUGGUCCUGACUUGCUUGAUGUUCAGAUUAUUAUGUUGAUCAUUUUGCCCUUGUGUAUAUUGGAUGUAUGUGAUAAGGUGUGAAAGUAUUGCAAAGCGUUUUCCCUACAUUAAGUAAUCAUUUUUUUCCCCCAAAUGACGUUUUGAUCAUUGAGUCCAUUAUUUAUAUUAAGAUUUGACUGCAAAGAGAUUUCUUUUUCUUCUUCCAAAUUGAAAAAAAAUAUUUUCCCUCCCCUUGAUGUCAAGGGCACCCAAGGACGUGUUCAUCAAUCAUCAAGAAGCACGUGAUCUCUGAGCCCUGCGCUCAUCGUUUGUGGUGAGGUAAAAUAAGAUAAUGUAGCUCAAUUUGUUAUCUGAAGUUAAAAUGUCUUAUGUUCAUUGUAUUAGGGUAUUACUUGUAACAUGUCUUACCAUUCUUUCCUCUUGCAUUGUUUUUAAAUAUUAAAUGUCCCUGAACUGUAUGGUG